AUGUUUGCCACGGACAGCAGUGAGGAGGCCUGGAACGCACUGUCGCACGUCAUCAUGUUUGGGGCUCAGGUCUUUGCGGCAGACAGGAUUCUCCUCUUGGCUGCGUUCCUCAUCAGCGUUCUCACUCCAUGCCUCUGUGUCUACAGAGGAGGAGAGUGCAACUUCGACACCAAAGCGAGUUGCGAGUACCAGGGAAAGGCCUUUGGCAUAGGGGAGAGCUGGAUCACCUCAGAUUGCUACCAGUGUGUCUGCAUGGAACCAUUUGGAGUCGGCUGCUGUGAACACUCCUCUCAGCCUGUGGACUACCCCGACUGGUGUGAGGUCAUCAAGAAGCCGGACUCCUGCAUCAGCGUGGCUGUGAUGAGAGCCAAUCACAAGCUUCCCUGCCUGUACGGGAAAUGGGGGAGGCUGCGCCCCGAGACCUGGAAGCAGGACAACGACCCCCUGUUCUAAUGGUUCCAUCUCUGCAACUCGGCAACCUGUUG